CUGACAUGCAUCGUUAGCAGAGAAAAAUACCAGCUUAAGUUUUGGAAAUGUGGCAACACUACUGCAGUAAUGGCACCCUGACACAUGUCAAGUAUUAGUCUGUAGUUAAAGUUAACCUUACAGCAACAUCGUUUGGAGCUUGUUUGUUUCUAUAUGUAAGCUAAAUGUUAGCCUGUUAGCUGCAGUCAUGUCGCUUGCAGCUAUAGUAAAGCUUUAACACUAAAUUAUAAACUGGAAAGGUUUAAAAACUCACUAAGGUGACACUGAGCAGGUGAAAAGAUGGCGGACGACCCUCAGAGAAAUUUCCGUUCUGCAUAUUAUGAGAAAGUGGGCUUCAGAGGAGUGGAGGAGAAGAAAUCCCUGGAAAUACUGCUCAAAGAUAAUCCUCUAGAUCUUGAAAAGCUGAGCACCUUCAGUCAGAGGUUCCCCCUUCCCUCCAUGUACAGGAUCCAUGUGUGGAAGGUUUUGUUAGGCAUCCUGCCGCCACACAGUGACUCUCACACUCUGGUGGGAAGCUACAGGAAGGAGCAGUACCAAGACAUCCUGGAAGCUCUGGAGGUGAUGAGAUACAUCAACUCCUCAACACCUUCCACCCACGUCUACCUGCGCAUGUUCCAGCUGGAGAGCCAGGUGCUCCCACGAUGCUCCGAAACCUCGCCGCCGGAUGAAGAGAACGAGGACUUCCUCUCCAUCAGCCGAGCCAUGGAGGAGAUUGUAGACGAUCCCGUCGACUGCUACUGGCUGAUUAAAUGUUUCGUCAAUCAGUUCCACACAAAGUUCGGAGACUCGAUACCUCAUCUUCCGAAGAGCUUGGAGCACUAUCUGAGUCAGGAGGAACCUCGACUGCUGAACCAUCUGAAGAACACUGGAGCUUUGGUGCAGCUGCCCUACAGCUUGUGGUUCAGACGCUGCUUCGCCGGCUGUCUGCCUGAAUCCAGCCUGCAGAGAGUGUGGGACAAAGUGAUCAGCGGCUCCUGUAAGAUCCUGGUGUUUGUUGCCUUGGAGAUCCUGCUGAGCUAUAAGAUCAUCCUGAUGAGCAACAACCGGUCUGAAGGCGUCAUCAAGUUUCUGCGUAACAUACCUCAGGAGAACACAGACGCCAUCGUGACUAAAGCCAUCGACUUGUGGCACAAAUACUGCGGCACCUUGGUUCACGCCGUGUAACCCCCACCCCCCCCCCCACCUCGGAGCUGCAGUCACCGAGGAAACCUGAGCCCAGAUGUGAGCUGCAUCUUUCCCAGGAUGCACCAGGACCUAAAAACCUUUCUCUCUCUCCACGCUGAGACUUUCAGACUGCACCUGCUCAGCGUCCGCGGGGCUUAAACUGAACUCCAGCUUUCACCAAAGAAUCUGAUGAACUGUGGAGGAGGUGAAAAAAAAAAGACUUGAGCUGAACACUGAAAGCAGCCACUGGAGCGAGCAGCCAUCAGUGAAGCCUGUUAGAAUGAAAAUGUGAAUAUGAAGAAAAAUAAGAGACAAGCAGACGUAAACACGUUAUUGUUUCUUUCUUUAAGAAACUGCAUACAUCAUAGAAGACUCACAAUAAAUUAAUACCCACAUGCAGUUUUUCUGCUUUUACAAAAAGAAAAACAUUUGAAAAGUCGCUUCUUACUUUCUUUGUUAUGUACAAGUCUUUAUAAUUCUGAGAAUAGUUUCCUCUCAAAAACACUUUUUAACAUACAAGCACACACACUCGCUCAGACACACACACACACACACACACCAUCGUAACACUCAACAGAGCAACCAGUCCUCCCAUUAAUAUGGCCAAAAAUGAAAACUACUAAACCAAAUAUGGACUGUAAACAAUAUAAAAACUAAAAGUAGGAUGGCAGGGAUCCAGAUGUUGAACCACCGAAGGUUCAUCUUAGAAAAUAAAACAAUGAAAUAUAUAUAUAUGUAUAUUUAAUAACAAAAAAAACCUACUUUCUUAUAAUUCAUCAGAGAGUUCGGCACCAUUUGACUGUACCUACAGAUAAUAAUAAACUGUAUCAAAUGAAACAAUAAAGUUAAUUUGGCAACUUGUUAAAUCCCUGUAAACGAUACUGUAGGCACAGCGACACAGUGGGUUCAUGAACUCUGACACAGCAGGCGCUCUGGGAUGCAUUCAAGAUCCUCCGACUUCCGCGUCGAGUCGAGUUGCUUUGGUUCAAAAAACUUAGGGGAAGGGAGGAGGUGGAGGGAGGAAUCUGAAGUCUGGAAACGUUGAAUGCAGCCCAUAAA